GUCCUUUAAAGGUAUGCCCUUAUCGUGCACUGCUCGCGUGGUGUGAGGCAGAGUUAUCUCUUGGCUAUGGCGCGCCGAGCAAUAAAAAAUAUCCCAGGCCCGACCUUUUGGUGGUGUAGACAUUUUUUUUUGUAUCCUCCGAGUACAUCUUUGUUAGAGCACGCGCUCACAGUUGCUGGCCUGUACCUCAGCUUCGCACCUCUCAGUCAAGAUGAGUUGGAUUCAAAAGACCAACCAGACCAUCGCCAAGUCGGCAUUUGGCAGGUACUUCAGAUUGGAGGGAUCUGGUCAUCACUUGUCGCGCAAUGGAUCCUUCUUCUUCACCGAAAUUCGCGCCGGUCUCGCUACCUUCUUCGCCAUGGCAUACAUUAUCGCUGUCAACUCGAGCGUCGUUUCAGACACUGGCGGUACCUGCGUCUGCCCUCCCACUAGCCUCGAUGCGUGUGCUACCGAUAUCACAUACAACCUCUGCAAGCAAGAGAUCCGCCGUGAUCUCGUCACUGCUACUGCGGCCAUCUCCGCCUUAACCAGCUUUAUGAUGGGAUUGUGUGCAAAUCUACCUCUUGGUUUGGCGCCGGGUAUGGGUAUCAAUGCAUACUUCACAUACACUGUUGUUGGUUUCAACGGCACUGGUCUGGUUCCUUACAGGAUCGCCCUGACCGCUGUUUUCGUCGAGGGUCUCCUCUUUGUUGCCCUCACGCUUCUCGGUAUCCGUCAAUGGCUUGCUCGUGCCAUUCCGACUUCGAUCAAGCUUGCCACUGGUGUCGGCAUUGGUCUCUACCUUACUAUCAUCGGUUUCUCAUACAGCGCCGGUGUUGGCCUGAUUACUGGAGCAUCAGCCACACCCUUGGAGAUUGCUGGUUGCUCUCAGCAAUACCUUACCGAGAACGAUGGCUUGAUGUGCGACCCUAGCCACAAGAUGAGAUCGCCUACCAUGUGGAUCGGUAUUUUCCUUGGUGGUUUCUUGACCGUGUUCCUCAUGAUGUACCGCGUCAAGGGUGCGAUUAUCGCUGGUAUUCUGCUUGUUUCGAUCAUCUCAUGGCCCCGUGGCACUGAUGUCACCUACUUCCCCCACACCGAGCUCGGUGACAGCAGCUUCGACUUCUUCAAGCAGGUUGUCACUUUCCGUCCCAUCAAGAACAUCCUUGCUGCUCAGGAGUGGGAUGUCAGCUCUCACGGUGGUCAGUUUGGUCUCGCCCUUAUCACCUUCCUCUACGUUGAUAUUCUCGACUGCACUGGUACUCUGUACGCCAUGGCUCGCUUCGCUGGUGUCAUGGACGAGAAGACUCAGGACUUCGAGGGUAGCGCUACUGCCUACUUGGUCGAUGCCGUUGGUAUCUCCAUCGGCUCUCUUUUCGGUACCUCCCCUGUCACCGCCUUCAUCGAGUCUGGUGCUGGUAUCUCAGAGGGCGGUAAGACUGGUAUCGCUGCUAUGGUCACCGGUGUCUGCUUCUUCAUCUCGAUCUUCUUCGCCCCCAUCUUCGCUUCCAUUCCUCCCUGGGCUACUGGUGGUACCCUUGUCAUCAUCGGUUCUCUGAUGGCCAAAUCUGCCGCCGAUAUCAACUGGAAGUACAUGGGUGAUGCCAUCCCAGCUUUCCUUACCAUCGCCGUCAUGCCCUUCACCUACUCCAUCGCCUACGGUCUGAUCGCUGGUAUCAUGUCCUACAUCCUCAUCAACACCACCAUCUACAUGAUCGAGAAGGCCUCAGGCGGCAAGCUCGUUCCCCAAGACAAGCAAUUCAAGGAGCCCUGGACCUGGAAGCUCGAUGGCGGUCUCUUCCCUCCAUGGGUCGUCCGCGCCGCAAAGGGAAAGAAGGACUUCUGGAAGCCAUACGAGAUGGUCGAUCAUGCCAGCGGCAGUGAGCACGAGUCUGUUACUGAAGUACCUAGCUCGGGCGCUGCCAAAGGACUUGGUCCGGAAGAGGGAAGCAGUGCAAGCAGUAAGGUCUGAACACCCUAAAAUUGGCGCUGCUGCUUCUCGAGCGACGUUGCUUUCUGUUAUUCCAUACCAUAUUUGUACAUAGCAAAAGACUU